CUCCCACCUCGUCCACGGCGUUCAGAUGACGCGCCUGCGCAAUGGCUGCGCGCCAAUACUCACAGACGCACACGGGGGCUCAGUCGGUGUUUGCAGGUUCGCUUUCCCAGUCGUCUCCGAAGUGGAUUAAAGAAAACACGACGAGUGGAGUUGGACCCGGACAGUUUUUAUUAGUUGGAACAAACUUCACCGCGGAUUUGAGGCGGAGGGAUCCGGCGGCACUUUCCCCGUGGAACAACAAACAGCGGACAUCGUGAAACCCUCAGCUCCACACCUGAGGAACAAGUCCCUGAUAUCUAAUGCGUCCCUGAGCGCAGAUACGCGUUUUACAAGCCGAUAACAGGAAGGCGACCCAACGCGCCAGAGGUUUUUCGCCAUGAACCAAACUGCAGGAGCCACAAAUGCGUAUCGCAGAUGCUCCAAGGGAGGAAAGGAGCUGGUGGGCAGUAACCCUCCGCAGAGGAACUGGAAGGGAAUAGCGAUCGCCCUUCUUGUCAUUCUGGUCAUCUGCUCGCUGAUCGUCACCUCCGUCAUCCUGUUGACACCAGGAGAGGACGACCGUCUGGCUCUCAAGGGCAAGGUGACGGUGGGAAACCUGUUCAGAAAAGACUUCAAGGUUCAUGACCCCAACGCCAAAUGGAUAAGCAGUAAUGAGCUGUUGUACCGCAGUCGUGACGGCGACGUCAUCAAGUACAACGUUGACACCGAUGAGAAGACGAUCCUGGUUCACAACAAAAAGUUUGAAAUGUACAAAGCCAGCAAGUAUGAGGUGUCGCCCGACAUGAAGCAUGUGCUGCUGGCCUACAACGUCGCACCGGUGUACCAGUUUUCCUACACAGCGUUCUACAUCAUCUGCAGUUUGGAGACUCCGGAGACGUGGAACUUGAACCCUCCGGAGGUGCGAAAUGCUCAGCUGCAGUACGCGGGCUGGGGGCCCCAGGGUCAGCAACUGAUCUUCAUUUUCGAGAACAACAUCUACUACCGCUCGACAGUGGAGAGCCGCUCCAUUCGUCUGGUGUCCACCGGGAAGGAGGGCGUCAUCUUCAACGGGCUCAGCGAUUGGCUCUAUGAAGAGGAGAUCCUGCGCUCCCAUGUGGCCCAUUGGUGGGCUCCAGAUGGAGCCAGGUUAGCGUACGCCACAAUCAACGACACCCUGGUGCCCAGGAUGGAGCUGCCCAUGUUCACGGGCACACCGUACCCGAUGGGGAAAGAGUACCACUACCCUAAGGCUGGUGAAGAGAAUCCAGUUAUAACUCUGUACGUCGUGAACCUUAACGGACCUCUUCACACCAUCGAGAUGAGACGACCCGAUGAUCCCAGGAUAGGUGAAUACUAUGUGACCAUGGUGAAAUGGGCCACCACCACCAAACUGGCCAUCAACUGGCUGAACAGAGCCCAGAACAUCUCCAUACUCACACUGUGCGAGGCCACAACAGGAGUCUGCACCAAGAAACACGAGGAUGAAAGUGAAGGAUGGCUGCACAGACAGAAUGAGAGGCCUCUGUUUUCCAAAGAUGGUCUCAAGCUGUUCUUCACUCGAGCCAUUCCUCAAGGAGGCAGGGGCAAGUUCUUCCACAUCUCCAUGUCCAUCUCUCAGCCCAACACCAGUACAGACACUCUGCAGUCCAUCACCUCUGGAGACUGGGAUGUCACCCAGGUCCUGGCCUACAGUGAGGAAAGCCAGCUGAUAUACUUCUUGAGCACUGAGGACGGUCCAAAGCGAAGGCAUCUGUACAGUGCCGACACUUUUGGUUCGUUCAACCGUCGCUGCCUGUCCUGCGCCCUGUCCGACAGCUGUGGCUACAUUAGCGGCUCCUUCAGCCACAACAUGAGCUAUUUCCUUCUCAACUGCCAAGGCCCCGACAUCCCGUUUGUGGCCAUUUACGAGACGCAGAGAGACGCGGAAAGUGAGACGCAAGACAGAGAAAGUAUCACAGAAGUCUAUAAACUGGAGAGCAACGAGAACCUGAGGCUGACCUUGGAUUCCAUGCAGAUGCCCACGGUGGAGUACAAGGAGAUCAACAUGGAUGAUUACACUUUGUCGAUGCAGAUCCUCAAGCCCGCAGGCUUCGUGGAGACGUCGCACUACCCGCUGCUCCUGCUCGUCGAUGGGACACCUGGUGGUCAGAUGGUGUCAGAGCGGUUUCUCAUGGACUGGACCACGGUGCUGGUGAGCAGCUUCGGCGCCGUGGUGAUGCGCUGUGACGGACGGGGCAGCGGCUUCCAGGGAACCAACCUGCUGCACCGCAUCCAGAAGAAAGUGGGCGUGUUCGAGGAGCAGGAUCAGAAGGAUGCGCUCAAUUUUAUUUUGAAAGAGCCCUAUAUUGACAAAACCAGAGUGGGAGCUUUUGGACAGGUAUAUGGCGGCUACGUGACCAGCUUGUUGGUCAGCGGCGAGGAGACUCCAGUGAAAUGUGGAGCUGUGCUGUCGCCCAUCACAGACUUUGAAUUAUACGCCUCUGCAUUUUCAGAGAGAUAUCUCGGGUUGCCGAAACCUGAUCCACGCGCAUACGCAAUGGCAAAUUUAGCACAUAGAGCUUCUCAGUUCAUGGACAAGAAGUUUCUAAUCAUCCAUCCGACGGCUGAUGAAAAAGUUCAUUUCCAACAUACGGCAAAAUUCAUCGCACAGCUCAUCAACGAAAAGGCCAACUACACUUUACAGAUCUACCCAGACGAAGGCCACUUCAUCCACAGUGAAGCCACGAGGCAGCACCUCAGUCAGUCCCUGGUGAACUUCUUCGAGGAAUGCUUCAGGCUACCGGAGCGAGUGUUUGAGGAGGCUCUGGAGGAAGAGAGUGAAGAUGAGGGUUAGCUUGACCUUGCUGGGCUCCUGCGCCCCAGAGCCUCCCCGCCCAUACAGUCAUCCACCACAACACUGGCGUCCAAUAGUCCACAAUAUGCAACUCUCAUCUGCUCUUUCCAUUCGUUUUGGUUUCACAUUUGGACUCUGUCCGUGUCCACAUGUCGAACUUGAACUGCCCCCUCCAGCAGACGACGGAUCUACUCCUGCGUCCCUCCUCCUCGUUUUGUGCCCUGAGUUUGAAUCCAAAAAGCCGACAAAAGACCGCCGACUUGACGCGAUGUUUUGGAAUAUACUGAUCGACGUGACAGGAAGCAGUCUCCUUCGCAGCAGGACGGACCAGCUCCUCCAGAGCAGUGGAGAGGAAGCAUCGGCUCUCACACAGACUUUGACGCUGUGAGGAGAAGGAACACCGUGCAGCACAUAACUCGAGGGCUUGUAUAUUGAUGGAAAUCAGACGCCCGGUGGGGAAAAAAACGCUUCUGUGGGGCAUCUGGAAUCGUGCGGAUGCAGGAAAUGUAACUAUUUUUAAAGUCGUGAAGAACUUUCCUUGUUGGACUGUGGUCGUGUCCGUUGUUCUUAUGUAAAAUAGCACACAAACGUUCACUCAGCUAUUACGGAUACAUUUUCUUUUUGGAUUUCAUGUUUGCCCUGAUGUUGGUUUCAUCUUGUUGCCUCAUGUAUUCCAGUUGAAGCUGUCUGAAUUCUCUAGCUGGCAAAUUGUUUGGAAGAAAAGAAACUAUUAAUGUUCAUUUUAGAUUGUUUUGACCUGGAUUUAACAAACGAUCUUAAAAACAGAAACUUGUUUUAGUCACUGUGCCUUACUUUGUCAGAAAACGUCCUGCUGUGGGAUUCAUUUUAUUGGAGUGGUUUGAUGUUUUGGGAAAUUUAUUUAUUCGCGAUUUCUUCCUAAUCGUUUCAGUCACGACAAAAACAAAGUUACGGCCACCAGCUAAUUAGCCUAGCGUAAAGACCGAGGCAGAGCUAGUUAGGUGAGUUAGCUGUUGAUCUGCAAACUAGCUUAGCUAGCAAGGAAAUACAUCUUCACACGUACAGAACCUGCAUGCAUCAUUGUGGUGAAGAAAACGUUUGAGCGCUUCACAAACCACAGUGUUUGUUAUCGAAAGUUACUUAAACUUAAAUCUGUGAAUGUCGAACACGUAGGCGUGUUACAUCCUGAGAAUUUACGCAUUUGUAUAUAAGGGAAAACUUGUUCUCUUUACAGCCCGAGUCAUUGAAAUACAGAAUAUAAAAUGAUGAAUUACUGAGGCACAAGUUUCAUUUCCCAUUUUUCUAAUUUUUUCUUUUUAAUUGAAUGGUCAUUCGUGUUUCGUUUCAGUGCAUGUUCAGAGGUUUUUUGCAGCACUAUCCCUGAUCAGUUCCACAUGGUAAUUUUGACAUCUUGAAUGUUCCUUACUGGAUUGCAUAAAUUACAUUUCCAGUAGUAUUGUGAUUGAGAACCCAGUCUCGUCAGCUUGAUGUGUAAAUGUUAUUCAAAUAUCAUUUUAUUCUAAAUAGAAAAAAAAACA